AUGGAUUCACAUCCAUCUAAUGCUGAGGAAGCCGAAGAAAACUUUCAAGAUAAGAAAUCAGACGCUGUAUCAAACUUUUCGCCUCGUGGUGCAACACCUACAGUUUUAACUUUGUUUAGUGAAGCUUUAAAUGAAAAGAAUUUUGACGAAAAUGAAGAAAAGAUUUUUGAAAAACAUUUGGAAUUUUUGGUUGGCGGCCCGUUUGACUUGGAAUUGAGAAAUGUUCGUCAAAAUCGUGUUAAUGUUAAAUUAAUGUUAGAAUUGACUGAUUUAUGUCCUCCAAAAAUUCAGGUUUGGAGUACUUUUGUUGGAAUUGUCAAAAAAAAUGUGCAAACUUGGACAGAAGAGGAUGACCAGCUUUACAAUGUUUUAAUUCAAACUACGCAACAAAUUUUUGAUCAUCCUGCAAUUUUGCAUUUGAGUUAA